AUGAACAGAAAAAAGUCUACUUCAGAAGGUGAAGAUCUCAUUACGCUAUUCUCCGGCGUGGAUAGCGCGUCAGUGUCCGACGCACUCGACAAGCUUGGUAUUGCUGGCCAGGCACUUGGAAUCAUGCCGCUGGAAAGAUAUGAGAAGGUGACCAUUGGUGCCGCCUUUACAGUCCGCUACAUCCCAGCUAGUCAAUCUAGAGGCAACAUUGGCAACUAUAUCGACGACGUUGGCGUCGGGGACGUUGUCGUCAUUGACAAUGGAGGUCGCAGAGACUGCACUGUCUGGGGCGACAUCAUGACGCAGUAUGCCGGCCUACGCGGCAUUGCAGGUACUGUGAUUGACGGCACAUGUCGCGACGUGAACCGCGCCAUCAGCGACCACUACCCAAUUUUUGCUGCUGCCAACUGGAUGCGCACGGGCAAGGACCGAGUUGAUCUCGCUUCCGUCAAUGAAAUAGUCAGCAUCGGCGGUGUCCAGGUUCGGCCGGGCGACAUCGUGGUAGCAGAUGCGAAUGGCGUCGUGUUUGUUCCGAGUGACCGGGCGCUAGAAGUGGCAAAGGUGGCCCAGCGCAUUGAGAAGAGCGAGGCCGGUAUUAGAGAUAUGAUUGCCGGAGGUGCCACCAUUGCAGAGGCACGCGAGGCUUUCAGUUACAUGCAGCUAAAUCGUGCCGAAUGA